GCAAGCUGUUGACAGUUUAAUGCCUGUCUUCGUGCUUCAAAGUGUUCGAAUUUUGAGGACCACAUUGUCAUGAUAUAUUUGUUAUUUGGACUUUUAGGUUUCUCUUAAAUUGUCACUAAAUGGAAAUCUGACAUGAAGUGAAUGUUCAUCGGUAAACAAAGCAAGGAAGUGGAUACAUUUGUUAAAUGUCAGGUGUAUGAACUGCGUUGCCAGAACUGAUACCACAACUCUAAAAUAACAGAUUCAUGGUACGAUGCAAACAUAGUGCAGCGCUCUAGAAUCUUUGGUGCGACGUGCCACUCCUUUUUUUCACUUUCACGAUGCGUCUUGACGUAUUACGGCACAGACGUCUUUUGGAGGUUCCCAGCUAUGGCUAGGUUCCUCAAAAUGUAAACACAAGAGCUGAAAUGAUAGCAUUGGGUGCUUUUGGGACAUCGCAGCCGCAGACUUAAAGCAAGAUUUCUCUAUUGCUCAACUCCCGUUGUGAUGGGUUCUCCACGGUGGUCAACAUGGAGAAAGGGAACGACGAGGUGGAUAAAUUGAAGUCGAGGUUUGUGUCCGCUUGGCACAAUGUAAAAUACAGCUGGGUGCUGAAGUCCAAAACCUCAUUUAGCAGAAAUUCUCCUGUUUUUGUCCUUGGAAAGUGCUAUCAUUUUAAAGUUGAAGAUGAGGAAACCCCCACAGACAACAGUAGUUUUGAGUCAGCCGAUGACGAGAUUGUCAUGGGAAAUGUGGAAGCUUUCCGAAAAGACUUUGCCUCUCGGGUGUGGCUGACAUAUAGGGAAGACUUUCCUGCUCUCCUCGACUCUGCCCUUACUUCCGACUGUGGCUGGGGUUGCACCUUGAGGGCAGGACAGAUGAUGCUCGCUCAGGGCCUGAUCAAUCACUUCCUGGGAAGAGACUGGACAUGGUCAGAGACUCUGUCUCUCCAGCCUCUGGACUCAGAAACGUGGACCAGCACUGCGGCGCGUAAGCUGGUCGCCUCUCUGGAGGCGACGCUGCAGGGAGACAGACCCGUGGCCCGGCUGCCUGUUCCCCAACCCCAGGGAGGGGGGGCGGAGGAGGCAGACACACAUCUGAGAGAGGUGUACCACCGAACUGUGGUGUCCUGGUUCGGGGACGGCCCCUCGGCCCAGCUGGGCAUGCACAGGCUGGUGGAGCUGGGCAGGACCUCAGGGAAACGGGCUGGUGACUGGUACGGCCCAGCGGUGGUGGCACACAUCAUCAGGAGAGCUGUGGAGGAGGCGACGGAAUCAGACCUGACCGGCAUCAGUGUUUAUGUGGCCCAGGACUGCACAGUCUACAGUGCGGAUGUCAUCGACAGCCAUGCGCCCCGGCCAGGGGGGCCCCCAAAGCUGCCUGGGGAGGCACUGAUGGACACCAGGGCCGUCAUCAUCCUCAUCCCCAUACGCCUCGGCGGAGAGAAGAUCAACCCUGACUACUUCAAUUUCGUCAAGGGCAUCCUGAGUCUGGACUACUGCAUCGGCAUCAUAGGAGGGAAGCCUAAGCAGGCGUACUACUUUGUGGGAUUUCAAGAUGACAGCUUGAUUUACAUGGACCCUCAUUACUGUCAGUCUUUUGUGGACGUCAGCACGAGCGAUUUCCCUCUCCAGUCAUAUCAUUGCCCGUCUCCAAAGAAGAUGCCUUUCAACAAAAUGGAUCCCAGCUGCACCAUAGGCUUCUACUCUAGAACUGUUGAGGACUACAACCGAAUCAGCACCGAACUGGCUAAGAUCCUGAAGCCUUCAGCCAAGGAGAAGUACCCAGCAUUCACCUUUGUGAACGGGCACGGACGAGACUACGAGCUGGCGGGCCCCAUGGAGAAAAGAGAAUGGCCCUUCAUCAGGGACAGCCGAAGACUUGGGGCCACGGCCGGGGACUUUGUGUUGCUGUGAGUGUGGGUCCUACACACUCUCACACACACACACACACACACACACACACACACACACACACACACACACGUACUGUACAAGCAUCGAGCAGGGAUCACAGAACAACCAGGGACUUUAUGCAGUGAAUGGCCUAAAUACCCAUAUCCAUAUCCAACCUGAAGUGAGGAUAGACACACACACACACACACACACACACACUCACUCUCACACUCUCUCACACACUCUCUUUCUCUCUCUCUCUCUUUCUCUCACUCUCACACACAUACACACACACACACACACACACUGCAUAUGUCCCAUCACAUUUCUCAACCAGCAAUAAUUUACUAGGUGGAUCUGAAUUUGUAUUUUAGCAGUUUUUUGGUUAGAUUGUUGUGAUGUUUAAUGAAAACUGUGUUUCAUGGCCAUAUUUCAAGACUGCUCUGGAAACAGGGCGAGACUGGGGAGAAACGAAGUUGAGAGGAAGGUAUUAUUAACAUGUUCCUGAACUGAAAGACUUUUUUCGGUGUGGCCGGAAGGACAGGUGCCUUGACUGAACAAAAAGGAGAAGUGCUGUACCAUCUCUUGAAAUGGUGAUGGUCCUGCUGUUGAAAUGCCCAUGGCAACUCUGGUAUAGGGGCCUUACAAUACUAUAGUGACUAGUUGACAGCAUACUGCGUCUUGGCCCUUAAUGCAGUGCGUCUCUAAAGAUAUGCAGCUCAUUGAAUACACUGGUUGCCAGAGUAAGGCCAUAGUCAAUUCAUAUUGGUCUGUGAUGAAACACCUACAAGGUCUUGUUGAAUUGCAGAUCAGUAUUGUAUUAAUACUUAAUACCUUGCCAGUUUCUUGUGGCAUAUGCAGUACAUUUCUGUGUGUUUGUUGUCCGUUUGGAUUGCUAUUGUUGUACAGUCUUUGUAAACAAUGGGUUGAAUUUUCACACAGACAUUUGUUUUGUUAUAGUAGUAUAUUUUUGUCAGUUUUAGAAAUCAGUCAGUGUAGCCCAUGACUUUUAGUUGACAAGAGGAAUAUGUUUUCAACCUGUUUUUUUUUGUGAAACACCAAAGUUCUUUAAAUUGAUUUCUUUUGUAAGACUAGAUUCUUCUGAUCACUGUGCACAUUUGGUUUACUAACUCUAACAGGCAUUCUUCCUUUAACACUUUGAGUUUAGUUACAGUUUAGUUACAGUACAUGAAUCAUUUCCACUUCAAAUUGGCCAAAGGUUCUAAGAAUGUGUGCCUGUAGCACUCUAAUGUAAGUUACUGAUACUAAUAAGGUGUUUCAUUGCUCUGCUCUGCCAGAAUAAACUUUUCACUGUUUAAUAGUAAUUUCACAAUGAUGCAAUGGAAUUAUGGAAUUGAAAUAAUGGAAUAAUGGAAUUAAAUGUAUAGGUGUGAUUAUUUUUAGCAAAAAA